AGAGAGGAAUUUUAGGCAAAAAGGAAGAGCAGCACCAGAGGCAAAAGUCGCAGUUCCAGGAUCUAAAAGUAGUUAAAGUCUGGACUUACCUUCACAGGAGAAGGUGAAGAUAGAAAAGAGAGAUGGUGAAAGGCCAUGAAUUAGAAAACAGCUAACAUUUACCGUGCACUUACCAUGUGCCAGGCACUGUCCUACACACUUGACAUGUUCUAAUCCUUACAACAACCCUAUGCAAUACUGUAUUAUCAUCAUAUUACAGGUAAAGAAAUAAAGCCAUGGAGAAAAAUAAUUUGCCCAGUGUCAUACACUAAGCAAAUGGCACAUCCAUCAUUUGAACUCAGAUACUCCGGCUUCAUAGUCCUUGUUAUACUAAGGAAUUUUAAUUGUGUCCUAUAGAUAUUCGAAAGCUAUUGAAGCAGUAGUCCUCACUGUGAAACACAUACUUUAAGAUGCCUCGUGGGAAAAAGAAUGCCUUGGCCAAUUAAGGAGGGAGAGAGGUCAGAGAUGGGAUAGGGAAGAAGCUUGAGAGAAGGCAGUUGAUUCUGCAGUUCAGCAGAGAGGUCUAAACAGGAAGAUUAAAGUAGAAGUCAUCAGCAUGGGACCAGGUGAGGUCACUAAGGGAGUGAGCGCGGAGCGAAGAGACACGUCCACAGGCUGAACACUGGGACCCUCCAGCAUUUAGAGUCAAGAGCAUGAAAAGAAAGCCAGUGCAGUAAGAAGAAAACCAGAGAGUUGUCUCCUGAAAACCAAGAGAAGAAAGUAUUUCCAGGGAGGAGGGAGUGAACAGGAAGAUGCCACUGACAGGUCUGAACUGAGACCUGAGUGGUGUAUUAGCACUGGGUGGAGGGCAUGAGUGACCAUGUAAGUUUGUCAGUGGAGUCACAGGACAAAGCUCAUUGGAAAAGGUUCUGGAGAGGAUGAGAGAAGAGAAAUUAGAGCAGGUGUAGGCAGCUGGAGGGAAGGAGAGGCGUGGGGGCGGCAGUGGGAGAGGGUAGAGGGACAAUAGAAAGUUGUUGCUGAACUGUUUGUUGAUAUAACCUGGGGGAAAUAACAUUUUCAUGCUGAUGAAGAUCUUUGGGGAGGGAAUUUUGAAGAUGCACGAGAGAAAAGGAAGAAGUAUUGUUAUGAUGUUUGGCGGAGCUGAGCAAGGCUGAGGUUUAGUGCACAAGGGAGAGGUUUGGCCUUUGCGGAGAGCAUGGCCAGGUUAUCAGUGACACCAGGAGGGAAGCCAGAAUAAAUGAGCCAGAGCCAGAAGCGGGUAGAUGAGAGGCUUGCACUAACCAUGGUUUGCUCUGCUUCUCGGGGGGGGAGCACGAGAAGCCUGUCAGUGGUUUCCGACCAUCCUAAGAAGGUGGGGGAGCCCACAGCACAUUCUCCCGGCCCCAGGUCAGGCUCUGAGUCUUGGCACACCAGAAAAAGAGGGAAGGUCAAGGGAUUUUAAAUGUCUACAUUUGUUCAUUUACUCAUUCAUUCAUUUAGUAUUAAGGAUUUAUUUUGUGCCUGCCUGGCACUAUGCCAGCCACUGCCAAUAAAGUUGUGAAAAAGGACAGAUCUUGCUUUGUCGUCACAAAAUUUAUAAUCCAGAGGCGGAUAGAAACAGAGCACCAGCAAUACAGUGUGAUCACAGUUUUAAUGUGGAGGGAGCCUUGGGUACAAUGGACUACAGAGAAAGGGUGUCCCCCAGGGCCUCAGGCCUUAGGGAGGACUGCCCAGGGGAAAUGGCAUCUGACUGACAUGAGAAAGAACACUAGUUCCCUGGGAGAAGAGAGGGGAAAGUAUGUUCCAAGCAGAGGAAAUAACAAGGACAAAUUUCUGGAGGCAAGAGAGAGAGUUUGUGGCCCAUGCAAUGAAAAGAACAAAGUUAAUUUUCUAGGAGCUCAACGUUAGAGAUGGAGCGAGAAGAGGGCCAAGCUGGAGAAGUGAGCAGGGCCAGGGAGACAGGGCCAAGUCUGAACUUUUAUGGGGAGUCAUCGAAGUACUUUCAAACUAGCAAGUGGCAUCACUGGAAAUAUGCCCCUGACCACAGUGUGGGGAAAGAGGUGGCAAAGGUGGAGCCGAGAGAAGUCGAUUAAGAACUCCAUAGUAAUCCACAGAACCAGAUUGGGGCAUUGAUGCAUAGUCGACUAUGAAGAGUGAUGGAGGGUCAGAAUGACUGAUAGCAGCCCAGGACAGAACCCAACAUUUAAGGAAUGGGCAAAGUAGAAAAGGAGCUGGAGAAAGAACAAUCAGAGGACACCCAGGUGAGUAGGGAGUCUUGGGAGCCAGAAGAGUGUUUCACCUACCCAAGGAGAGGGUGCCCAGUUCAGUGCUGUUUGAGCAAGGAGCUAGGAGGUCUGGGAAGAGAGGGGACAGCCGGAGAGCAGGGACUUGUAGAGACAGGUGCCAGAUUUCAGGGGGUAAAAGAAUGUGUGGGAGGCAAGGAAAUGGAGUCAGCAGAUGCAGGCCAGGAGGGGAGAACUAGAGGGUGGGCAAAUGGGAGGGGACAGGAGGUUGUGAGUUUUAAGCAUGAAAGUCUUGCUUAAAUAUGAUGACAAGGAUCAAGUAGGGGGAGGCUAGGACAGAUGGAGGUCCCAGGAAGGCAAGAGUGGGUGGGAUUCAAACCACAAAUAAGAAGUAUAAAUGAUGGACUAAGGUAGCAAGAGCUUGAAAAAUGUAAAAAGAGAAGGGGUGAUGAGUGGAAGGAAGUGUGUGCUCCCAUGGUCCUUCAUUGGAAAGCUUCGAGUUUGGAUUUAUCCUUCCCUUUGGGUCUCUUUUCUUGUCCUUGGAGGGCUGGGAAAGACCUCGAAAGUAAUGCCUUGAGAAGGACGGCGCCGGGGCCUCGCUACUCUUUCCCUGCGGAAGCUACGGGUGCUCAGACCCUCCGGGAUGCUCCCGGGAACUCUUCCACGCGGCGUUUCCAGCUGUGCCCACGAGAUGGCAGCCUCGACUCACGGUGGCGCUCACACCGGCCCACGCCGGUUUUGACUUAAUUCACCAUUUUUGAGAUCUUGACCAUCAUUGCGUUAACGCCCUUCCUUCCUUCCUUCUCCCUUUUCCCUCUCAGAUGUUUUCAUUCCAGAUUUGAAGGCAGGGCUGGGGAGGGAGGGGGUGGUAUGCACGCACGUACCUGCUGGACCCCACUACGACAGGGUCCCCCGAGCAAUAGAGAGAAACGUGUAAACCUAUUGCGAGGCUCCAAUGGAUAGCGAGCCGCAGAAAGAGAAGCCGGAGAAGGGACUGUUUAAUAAAUAGGAGGACGCCAGGACAGGGAAGGGAUGCAGAAGCCAAGGGAGGGACCGCCUAGAAACAGGAGGACGUGGAAAAUCUGAAGAUACGGAUGUGAUGGCAAUUCGGGCGGCUGGUGAGGGCGGACACCGAGGGUGGGGCCGCGGAGGGGACACGGCGGAGCCGAGGAAGGACGGGGGCGCGAGGCAGUGACCUGGCAAGCCCGCUGAUGCGGGCAGUGACCCGGCCCAGAGCCCGUUUGAAGAAAAGCCAAACACCCUGAAGACAAUCGGAAACUACAAGGAAAGUUCCAGGAGAAAGGGGUGAGGGGGAUGAGGUGCGAGUAGUUAACAUUGGGUCAAACCCCAAGCCUGGUAAGAGCUGAGUCCCCAUCAAACUUACUUGCAGCCCCAGAGUGCUCACCUCAGCUCCCCGCAGGCAUCGACUAUUGCUUGAGUGUAAAAGAAUGAGCCUACAACGCUGGAGAGACUGAGUCAACUUACUGUCCAUGGUGAUUUCUGGCUUUUUCUAUGGUGCAGUGUUUACCAGUAGCUACUAAUUUGGUAGCAUCUUAAGACUAGGAUGCAAUGUGCCAAUGCCCAGGUCAUUCUCAUACUUACUCCCAAGCUCCUGGACUUUCACCUUCUGGGAAAACAACAGAUUAUGCCUUUGAGAUGGCUGUUUCAAAUAUUAGAUACGGAGCGGGAGUUACAAAGGAAGUGGGCAUGGACCUACAGAACAUGGGUGCUAAAAAUGUUUGUCUGAUGACAGACAAGAACCUCUCCCAGCUCCCUCCUGUGAAGACAGUUAUGGAUUCCCUCGUGAAGAAUGGCAUCAACUUUAAGGUGUAUGAUAGUGUGAGGGUGGAACCAACCGACAGAAGCUUCAUGGAAGCUAUUGAAUUUGCCAAAAAGGGAGCUUUUGAUGCCUAUGUUGCUGUGGGUGGUGGCUCCACCAUGGACACCUGUAAAGCCGCUAAUCUGUAUGCAUCCAGCCCGCACUCCCAUUUCCUAGAUUAUGUCAAUGCCCCCAUUGGGAAGGGAAAGCCUGUGACUGUGCCUCUUAAGCCUCUGAUUGCAGUCCCAACUACCUCAGGAACGGGGAGUGAAACUACCGGAGUUGCCAUUUUUGACUAUGAACACUUGAAAGUAAAAACUGGCAUUGCCUCGCGAGCCAUCAAACCCACACUGGGCCUGAUUGAUCCUCUGCACACCCUGCACAUGCCCGAGCGGGUGGUCGCCAACAGCGGCUUCGAUGUGCUUUGCCAUGCCCUGGAGUCCUACACUGCCCUCCCCUACCACAUGCGGAGCCCCUGCCCUUCAAAUCCCAUCACUCGGCCGGCCUACCAGGGCAGCAACCCAAUCAGUGACAUUUGGGCAGUCCACGCGCUGCAGAUCGUUGCCAAGUAUCUGAAGAGGGCUGUCAGAAAUCCUGAUGAUCUUGAAGCAAGGUCUAAUAUGCACUUGGCAAGUGCUUUUGCUGGCAUUGGCUUUGGAAAUGCUGGUGUUCAUCUGUGCCAUGGAAUGUCUUACCCAAUUUCGGGCUUAGUGAAGAAAUAUAAAGCCAAGGACUAUAAAGUGGAUCACCCACUGGUGCCUCAUGGCCUUUCUGUGGUACUCACCUCCCCGGCGGUGUUCACAUUCACAGCACAGAUGUCUCCUGAGCGGCACCUGGAGACAGCAGAAAUACUGGGGGCUGACACCCGCACUGCCAGGAUCCCAGAUGCCGGGCCCAUUCUGGCAGAUACACUGAGGAAAUUCUUAUUCGAUCUGGAUGUUGACGAUGGCUUAGCUGCCAUUGGUUACUCCAAGGCUGAUAUCCCCGCGUUAGUGAAAGGAACGCUGCCCCAGGAAAGGGUCACCAAGCUUGCACCACGCCCUCAGUCAGAAGAAGAUCUGUCUGUUCUGUUUGAAGCGUCAAUGAAACUGUACUAAUUUUCAUUUUCAUGGAAGGAAUUACCAUUGGCCAUCGUAGUUCUGAAAACAGAAGCUGAUCUAGCAAGAACUGUGUCUUUUCAUGUCCACAUAUAACUUAACCUGUUACCAGUUUGAAUGUGACGUGAAUUUAUCCUGCAGAAGAUUCCUUGAUGCUCCAAGUCCAGCUACUUCCAUAAAAUAGGCUGGACAAAUGCCCAGUAUCUGGGACCCUCAGCUUGACUUCACAGAACCUGCCCCAAACCUGUGGACUGCCCCUGCUCCAUGUAUCAAAAGAGCAAAAACUCAGUAUCCAUCAAAAAUGUUAAUGCAUAUAUCCUAUGUCCAAUAAUCAAUCCUUUGUCUAGAAAUUUAUCCUGCAUGAAUACUAGCACAAGUGUGUAAAGAAAUAUGGCAAGGACAUUUCUGGCAGCACAGUUUCUAAUAAUGUAAAAUUUGAAAGAAUUUAAGUAUUCAUUAAUAGUAUAUAGAUAAGUAAAUCAUGGUGUAUUAAAUAAUGGAAUUCUAUUGAGCUACUAAUAAGAAUGAAGUAAACCUAUUAGAAAUACGUCCAUGAUAAACUGCUAAGUAGGGAAAAAGUAAGUUGUAGGACAGUUAUAUAUUAGUACUCUCAUUUUUACUUUUCAAAUUAUAUAUAAAGAUAUGUCAAUAUCUACAUAGAAAGGUUACACAUCAAAAUAUUAACAAUUUGGAGGCUAGAUAAUGAAAAGAAAAUGUUCACUUUAUAUUAUAUACUUUCACUUUUUAUUUUACAAACAUCUGCAUUGUUUAGAUUUGUUACAAUAAGCACAUAUUUUCUAAUUUUUAAAAGGGGAAGAGAAAAGAAAGAUAUCACUUUGCUGUUUUAGGGCAGAUUCAUCUUAUUUUAUAAAAAUACUAGUAACUAAUAUUAAAAAGGCAAAAACAAAUCCAAAGGGCUAGAAUAUUACAGGUGGACCCUCUGGUGAAUAAAUUGUUCUUCUGAGAAAAACACAAAUAUCCUACAUGGUAAUUCCCUCUUUGGAAAAUGGUUCUGGUGCUCAGAAUAAAUGAAUUCAAAACCAGGCCACGUUGUGGUUUAUAGACUUCAGGACGCAAGUCAAGCCUGAGUAGCCUGAUCGUCUGCCUCCAGUCAUGUCCCGCCUACAGAAACUGUCCACGGCUGAGUUUUCCUCACAAUGGUGACCACACUGGGGUUUGCCUGCUCAAGCUUUGGCAGUCUGGAUCUCCGUGUACUUGCAGAUUUAUUCGUAUUUUAAAUUGGAUUAAAGUGUCAAUCAAAUAAGUAUGUAA